CAUUCCAAAUCAUUUGAAGCCAAGUUUAUGCCAUAUUGAGAGGUGUGAAGGUGAAGGGUGUGUUCUUGAGAGAGGGGGAGAUUCUGCAAGAAAAAAGAGGGAAAUCGAUAAAGGAACGAAGGAGAUACGAGCUUUGUUGGAAAAACUAAGAGUCGUCGGAAUCUGCACCUGAAUCGCCUGAAAACAGCAAGAAAAGCAAACCUGGUAAGGUGUGAAGCCUUAAACAUUCAAAUCUCAUCCAACUAAGUUAAGUACACUAUGAACUAUCUACGAUGUUUAAGCAUGCUCAUGAAUCAUGUUUAUGUGGUCCCUCAUGUUAUGUUUUAAGCAAGUUUCAUGUUCUCAAACAAGUUACGGGACCGGGGUUUAGGAGCGCUACGCACAAAGGUUCUUACCCCUGUAAGUUGGUAGAACUUAUUGUGUCCCCUUAUGUUAUACGUUCAUGUUACAAGUUCAUGUCAUGUCAUGUUUAAAUACGUUUGAUAGUUCUCACCCCUUAUGUUUUUCCCCCCAAGUGAUCAUGAAUGAGGAGAUCGGGAUGUGGACGUAAUUGGAAUAAGUUCCUAAUGAUAAGAUAAAUGUUAUGAAUUUGAAUUUGUUUUAAAUUCAUUAACAUUUGAAUUUUAACAAUAUAUAAUGGGAUAAGUAAUUGGAAUUUGAAUUAGAUUCAAAUUCCUAUAUGUCUAUCUAUAUCUGUGUGAUACCUAUAAAUAGACAUAGAGCCUAAUGGAAAAACACACAAGAAUUAGAAUCAGUUUCUAAUCGCUGUCUUCGGCAUCACCAUUCAAGCCUUGGGUGGACAAAGGGUGGACGGAUAAGAAAGCUUUUAUAGUUUUCUUCUACGGUUGUUAGGCAAAUCAGAUUCGAGUAUUCCGCUGCGAUUCAGGUAUUUUACAUACCGCUUGUAUUUAUUUAAAAGCUCUUCAAAAGGAAUUUUCAAUAAUUGAAAUCCUGUUUUCUCUCUUUUUGUCAAAAGAAAGAUUUUCAGUAUUGAAUUCUUAUGUUAUAUUUACACUAUUGCUACAUCGUAUGUCCUUAAAGCUUAUAUAAGUUUAUGAAAAGGCCGAGUCUCAUUUUAAGUAUGGAUUUCUCUGCAUGGAUGCUAUUGUUACAGAGCAUAUUUGCUAAGUCUUUCUUUCUUCUGUUGAAGUCAUGUUUUCAGUAUCAAACUUUAUAUUUACACGAAACAUGCUUUGAAUUUUAUUAUGUUUGAAACUUUACUUAAGUUUAUAAAAGUCUUGUUUCUCAAGUUUUUCUGCGCUAAACCUCGAAGUUCAUAUGAAUAUUAUUAUUAUUAAGCAUGUUUGAAAUCUUUUUUUUUUUUCAAAUUUAUGAAAAUUAUAUUUAAAGAAUAUGGAAGUUUGUUUUUUUUUUUUUUUUCAUGGCAUGUUUUUGGGUGUUUCAAGUAGCAUGUUUUUAAGUUACGGGUGUCACAGUGUUACUCUUCAUUGGCAACAUUCUUUUAGUGCUUUUUACUUAAGAAGAUUGAGGAUUGAACUCAAAAUUUUAGAUAAUUAAUAUUCUCAGUUGUAGAAUAGAAAUUGAUUAAUCUGUAAGAAGAGUGGAUGACCUUUUUCUUAAAGGUUCAAACACUUAAACAAAAUCUAGUUUGAAAUUGGUAAGAUGAUUAUGGUCUAGGUAAAGAUAUAGUAACCUCAGUGGUGAGCAAUUUUGUGUGCAUGAAUAUGACCCUCAUGGUAUGAGAAGUGUAGUUUGACUCCUAUAAUUUAGUUAGCUUAGUGUGAUAACACUAUUACUCCCCCAAUUGAAUUGUGCAACACUUGGAACCAAGUCCCCAUUCGAUAGGGAAGUAUGUCUUUACUAACUUAUGGGUUCAAGAACAAUUGAGAGAUAGUGACUAGCUAGCAAAGCAAGGUAGGCACAAUGAAUAGAAGGCAUUUGUAUUACUUGAAGGGGACUCACACUUGAGAGCUUGAAUGAUGAUGGCUGGAGGUAUUUAUAGCCUUCGACCUCCUCAAGAAAUGCCUAGGAUCAAUUGCUAUUCAAGGUCUAUUAUUAGCCAUUUAGAAUCCUCUCUGAAAAUCAAUGAUAUUUCCCCAUUCAUUCUAGAAUAUCUAGAAACAUUUUUUUUUUUUUUUUUGUAGAAGUAUUGUUUGGAGAGUUCUUCAAGAAUUUCAAGAAUGUACAAGCAUGGUUCAGAAUUCUAGAACUCAACUCAUGUUCCAUGCAACUGUCCAUGCUGCGUUUUGACCAUGUUGAUGUGGAACAUGUUUAGGAAUACAAACCUUGGUAAAAUGAUAGGGUGUGCCACUCACAACUACCUAAGUUGAGGAUGCCCUUUCAUCAUGCCUUCAUGGAACCUUUCCAUUAAGGUCUUGAACUAGCAUAACAAAGUUCUUGUGUUCAUUACUCAUGACUUGGAGGUACUCCUAUCUUUUGUUUCAUAAGAUAAGCUAAUAUCUCUUCUAGCAUCUUGUCAUAAGACACAAUAAUUGUUGUAGAGAUGCUUUUUGACUCUCUGCCAUCUAGCUCUUCCUUUUCUUCGCAAUAAAGCUUUUGCAAGUCCAAAUGGAAGACUAGGUGUACUUCAACCUUGGAGGUAGCUUCCCUUGGUAAGAAACCUUUUCAACCGUGUGUAGAAUAGGAAAAGGUCCUUUGUGUCUUAGUAUGUUCCUUUGUUUCAAGGGCUAAAAGCUCUUGAACUUAUUGUGGCAGGCUCACCAACUCCAAUUCCUUCUCCUUGGAAAUUUAUUAGAUAUAACUUCUUAUUAGCUUGCUUAUUCAUUUUCUUGAAGACUUUUCAAGGUAGGAUGGAGUGAUGUCUGCUUGCUCUUUCCAAUUGUUGGUGACCUUAAAAGCCUAUGGUACCCUUUAAACUUGGGCACCAUUGUAGUCAGUGGUUGUCCCAUUUGCAACCUCAAAUGGACUUUUCCUUAUAGAGUUACUCCAUUGUAGGUUGUAGGAGCAUUUUGUCACUUACGAUGAGUCUUGCCUAAUCAUUCUAUUUGGCACUCACAAAGUACUUAAGAUGCAUUUAUAAUAAGGAAUUUACCAUUUUUUUUGGUUUAUUUUGUUUGAGGUUGGAAGCUUAUGAAGUAGUAUAAGUCCAAUUCCAACAACUACAAUAACUUCUGCCCAAAUUUUUGCUAUGAAGUGAGGGUUGCGGUCUAAUAUGAUUAUCAUUGUGGUCUAAUAUGAUUAUCAUGGUACUAAACCCUGGUCUUGAAGAACAACAAUGCCACUAGUUCUAUGGUGUAAUUCUUAAAAGCUGAGAUGAUAGUAAUAUAUUCAGAUAAUCUAUCCAUUACUACUAUGGUGGAGCCAAAUCUAGUGGAUGUUAGGAGUGUCGUGAUGAAGUCCAAAUUGAUAAUACUAAUCCAUGGUCUUGACGGAAUCAGUAUUAGCUCAAGUAGUAUGAGGUGAGUUCUACUCAAACUUUUCCCAUUAGCAUAUUAGGCACAUGCACUAGUAAAAUUCUAGAUCAUCUAUAUGGCUUACAGCCAAAUCGCCUAAUAGGUGUGUCUAUUGUUCUUCUUCUCGCAUAUUCAAAUCAUCUUAAUUUUUAACUCUUGUAUCCUAUCGUCAGUAGGCUCUAACUAAUCUUAUCUUUAAUAGGUUCUUAUCUUAAUUUGUCACUCUUGCAUCUUAUCUUCAGUAUGUUCAUAAGAUCUUUUUUCUUGUUUUGUCUUUUUUUGGUAUGGCCGCAUACCUACCGUAAUAGCUUAAUCUUAGCUACACUCAUUUUUUGCACAUGUUAGUCCUUAACUACAAAACAUUUUGAGGCAUAUAACAAAUGUGGUAUUGUAGUCAUUCGAUAAAACUUCUCUUUAAACUUUAAAGGGAUUUUGCUAUCGCAUAAAAUGAUGGACCCACUCCUCCAAUUUAAUCAUCAUACCUUAAUUCUAUGAGUAACUUCCUCUAUAAUCUCCCAUUCUUUUUGAACAAUUGAUUUAAGAUUUGAAAUUGAUACUUUCUUGGGAUAACUUUCUCUCAUGGUCUCACAAGAAUAUCAUCCACACUUGUGUUUCUACUCAAAUUACAUUUCACAUAUUUGAUUUUUGACCUACUUAAUUUAAAAUUUUUGGAUUCUAAGGUGUUUCUUGAUAGUUCAAUUUUAUUAUUCUCUCCUAUUGUCUCAUCCACUAAGAGAAUAUCGUCUCAGUAUAAUUCCAGAGCUUAUAUGGCCUCCUUUAGUGAUUCUAAUGGAGCCUACAUGAGUGAGACGGGUUCUAUAUUAGGUUCUCACUAUGGGAGUCACCUUUAACCUUAUUCUUUUGAUGACUUUGUUUUUUCAGAAUUCUCUUGGUUUGUUGAUUCAGGGCCAACCAAUGACAUUAGCUCAAAUCUGAGCAAUUUAUCCUUACAUACUCCUUACAAUGAUGGAGACAAAGUUGCUAUAGGCAAUGGUAUCAUCUGAAAAACAGUGGGUUCAUGCUACAGAAGUAUCUCUGAAGUUGAGGAUUGCUGUCAGUGAGCACCGGGGAAGAUUCAUCAGUAGUUGGUAGUAAAAGUUGCCGCUUAUCCCCCCAGCAAUCUGACAACCUUGCAGAUGGAAGCCUGCAUCACUGGAGCAAUAAAAUCUUUUCAAGAAGAUAGAGGCCUAGCAAUCAAUCUAGAAACAGGGUGGGAUUUGCUGGUGCUGAGAAGGAAUUGAAGCGGCAGAAAUCUGCCACCUCUUCUUCCAAGAAUGAAAAUCAACAUAUACAGGGAAAAUUGGAUGAGGUUUAGAUGGACUUGAAAGAGGAAAUGUGUUUGUCGUACUUUUUACCUUUCAGACUCAUGUUUUUGAAGUCUUUGCUCCCUUCCCUGAGGACCUUGCUCAUAGAUCCCUUAUUCAAAUAGAUUUUUUUAUUUUUGUUUUUAGGUGCCAUGUUGGAUUGCAGUUGUCUUGAUAUGAUAUGAUAAAUGCCUUGAUCGGUGGCUGCCCCUGGAGGGUUAUAUGUACUGACUAGGUCCUUGCCCAAGCAUGGCAUGUGAUUUGAAAUGGUCAUUACAUAUGCUUGUGAAGAAUGAGUAGGAUUCUUUCCUUUUCAGUGGGUUUACUAUUUUUGAAUUUCACUUAAUUUUUCCUCUAGAAAUGUAGAAGUGAGAGGAACAAGCUUGGUGAAGAGCACUGAAGGAGUUAAACAGUGAAGUUGCUGAAAAGAGUUCUGAAACUGGAAAGGCUGCGAUACAGAAACUCCGGGAUGAAAUCAAGGACUGCGAGGCUAUUUUCAGCUCUGGCGCAUGUUUUAAUCAGCUCAAGAAGAUCUAGGAGAAAACUAGUCAAUCUAAAAAUGAAGAAGGAUUCAGAGUUCAGGGUCCAUACUUUUUUCCCGGGGGAAGGAAGUAGAAGUUUGUCAGAAUUGGAGGAAUCCAUCGAGGAAACUAAGAUUCUAGAGGCUAACCGUUUGUGCGAGCUUCAAGAGGCACAGGAGAAAAAUCUAAUCCUUUCAAGACAAUUGCGAAAUCUUCAGGAUAACGUGAAGGAUGAGAAGAACGUUUUUUCCUCCCAUUUGUAUACUUCCUUGAAUGACCAAUUCCAAUAUUGGAAUACUAAAGUAGAAUGGUAUAAAGGAAUCAUAGACUCCUUGCAGGCUGACAGGUCUUCCGUACUCAGAAGGGAGAAGGAAUUAAGUAGAGAGGCAGAAUUGCUGCAUGCUGCUCGGAAUGAUAUUAUCACUUCUGAGUUUAAAGUUGAAGAACUAAGGACUCAAUUGCAUAACUGCAUUAUUCAGAAAAAUGCGCUAGAGAUUAAAAUGCAAGAAGCUUUGCAAGAUUCUGGUAGAAAAGACCUUGAAGCUGAAUUUCAUGUGAUGGCUUCAGCAUUGUCUAAGGAACUGGGAAUGAUGGAAGCUCAGCUGAAGAUUUGGCAGGAAAAAGCUCUUGAAGCCAUUUUUUUAAGAGAAAAAGUCCAAUCACAGAAAGUUUUAUUGCAGAACAUGAUUGCUGAAGAGAAGAGCUUGACAGAUACGUGCGCCCAACAGGAUGCAAAGAUUAAAUCCCUAAAAGCACAUAUAGAGAAGUUGCAAAAGGAAAAACUUGAAUCAGAAUUCCGAAUUGACAUGCUGGGGCAGCAGAUAUAUGACAACAGAGAAAUAAUGGACAUCAAAGAAUCAGAACAGAGAGCUCGCUCACGUGCUAGACAUUUGAGAAGUGCUCAGAAUGAACAUCCUUUGGAAUUGAGACUAAAAUUUGCCAAGGAAGCUGAAGCUAUUUGCCAAAGAAGGCUUUCUGCUGCUGAAGCUGAAAUAGCUGAUCUAAGGGCGGAGUUGACUGCUUCUGACAGAGAUAUUUUAGAGUUGAAGGAGGCUAUUAAAAUUAAAGAUGAGGAGAGAGAGGCUUAUGUUUCUAUACUCGAGACUAAGGGUGAAGCAUAUGAAGAUAUGGUGGCACAAAACCAACGUUUGAGGCAGCUAGCGAGUGAAAGGGAAGCUUAUAACGUGAAGUUGAUUGCUGAGAUUGUGAAAUUAAAGGAGGAGCAUAGCCAUUUACUCCCUGAAAUCCAGGGAUCAUCUUUGAAGUUGAGGACUACUGCCAUUGAACACCAGGUGGGAGCUUGCAUCAACGAAGAACUAAAAUCUACUAAAGAAGGUAGACUCCUUGGAGUUAAUCUGGAAACUGCAGUGAGAGAAUUGGAGGAUGCUAAGAACGAAACGGACUGGCUGAAAUCUGCAAUCUCUUCUUCUGAAAAGGAAUAUGAAGAAAUACAAAGAAAAAUAGAUGAAGUCAAAAUGGAGUUGGAAAAGGAAAGAAGUGAAAGGAAAAAUCUUGAUGAAGAGCUGAAGGAGGUCAACAAUGAAGUUGUUGAAAUGAGUCCCCAAGUUAGAGAGAUACAGAAACUCCACAAUCAAAUCAAGGACUGCAAGGCUAUGGUCAUGUGUGGUGCAUGUCUUACUCGGCCAAAGGAGGUUGUGAUUAUGAAGUGCCAUCAUCUAUUUUGUAGUCCAUGCAUUCAAGGUCUUCUAGAGACAUGGGGUUGCAAGUGCCCUAAUUGUGGAAUUGUGUUUGAGCCAAAUGAUGUUCGGCUUAUAAAGAUGUAACUGUGCAUUUCCGGGCAAUUGGUUUUGGGCAUUAUUAGCACCUACCAUUGUGAACCCAACCACCUUGAAGCCUAUGAUUUAUUUGAUAUUUUUAUGGAUUGUGAUAUAUUGAAUCUUGGAGGAACAAAAGAGAAUUGAUGUAUUUUCCCUUUGGUUUGUUUUCUCAAGUUAUAAGUGCUAGGCAUAUUAACAUUGUAACUUUGCAGGGCUUGUUUCAUGCAGUUGUUGUACUU